UAGGCACUAGCGGGCCGACGGGCGAUCUCGGCACUAAGAUCAAACCCGUCAUCGCUCGAAGUUCUUUGCCUUCUUCGAUGACUAAAGGAAUUGGAACAUUACUUUCGCAUCCAGACGGCAAGUGCUUCCGCAUGAGGGUCUACCUUCGUCCACUACUGAAAAUCCCUGUACUUCACCCCAACAUGUGGCCCGGCGUACGAUGAGUGCGAAGAAGUUCAAGUCGCAAGCCAGCAGUGGCCGUGCCAUCUCAGGCUUUGGGUUUGGAGGCUCUGCUCUUGGAACAACACAUUCUUCAUCACUUUCGUACAUCCAAGAGCCGCCAGACUACUCGACGAUCACGAAUGCCAAUACUAUCGUUGCUUUCAAGAACCUUUCGAAGAAGGAUAGUACGACCAAAGUUAAAGCUUUAGAGGAGAUUCAAGCUUAUAUAACGAAUGUUGAUACUGACGUUGAAGAUGGCUUGCUCGAAGCAUGGGUCAAACUCUACCCUCGCCUUUCUAUUGACAGUGCCCGACGUGUCCGACAACUAGCGCAUGUCGUCAACGGGUAUGUCUGCUCGAAGGCUGGGAAGCGAAGUGGCAGACAUCUUCCGAGCAUUGCCGGCCCAUGGCUUGCUGGCAGCCAUGACACAGAUCGCGCCGCGGCAAAGGCUGCUCAGGAUGCUUUUGCCCUCGUCUUCCCAACUCCAGAGAAGGUUGCCGGGCUGCGAAGGACAUUUCAGGGUGCCAUCCUAGCGUACUGCCGGGAUUCAUUGUUCCACGAAACUGUCCAGACGCUCAAUGAUGAGCGGACUGUCAGCCCGGAUGAUGCAGAUGCAACGUACGCGAGGGUUGUCUCUACAAGCAUGGCAGUCAUUACGGCUCUGCUCAGUGAGCUUGAUUCGUCGGAGGUUUCAAAGCAGCAAGUUCUGUACGACGAGUUGUUCAGUAACCCAAAGCUCUGGGAGUUUGGUUGUCACGCAGAUACUGGUGUCCGGCGGACUGCGCAUAGAUUGCUGCAAGCAACGCUACAAAAGCAGCCGGAUAGUCUUCGUGACCACCUUAAGCAGUUGAGCACCGCAUACGUCUACAAGGGUCUCAUUUCGGAUCAAACUGGCUCUGCCGCUGACUACAUGACGGCGCUAGAUGCUCUGACCCGCCAAUUCCCUUCCAUAUGGACAACGGAGUACAGCGGCAAGAAGUCUGCAUUGUCCCGUCUGAAGCAGUGCUUGAAGCAUGGCUCAAGGUCUGGAUCCUCAGACUACUGGACGGUGACCAGAUCGCUCUUCCAACAUAUUCCGCAGGAAGUGUUGCCAAGUUCUGCGGAGGAUGCAAAAGAGCUGCUCUUAGCAGCACGCGACGGAGUGACGCAGAGGGACGAGCGUUUCAAUGCAUCGGGGGCAUGGCAAGCUUAUUACGCUCUGCUCGAUCGCAUCGUGCGCAAUUUACAUGAGGAAGACUGUAAGAAGCUUCUUGACACUUGCGCUUCGCCUAUCGUACGGCAGUAUCUGCAGCCAUCUCCGGAGACGGUCGAUUGGACGGUCGCAGGCGCGAAGCCCUCAGCACUCGUGGCCAGGCUGGUCCACAUUGACGCUGUCUUGCCCAUGCUACAGGUGGACCUAGCCCACUUCGCAGAUGAGUUGGUCAACACGGCGAAGAUGUCGCAACCGCAGCAAUCCAAAGAUUUUGCCAAGUCACAGCUACAUGUUGCUUCAUGUGGAGAGCGCUGGGCUUCACUACAGAGGGAAUUAUAUGCUCAGCGACCGUCAGCAUCCUUGAGUCGAUUCCUUGACGCAACCAAUGUUCAAGUACUCAAGGAGUGUGCACAGCUGCUUCAAGCUAGGCAGGGGAAGCCAUUUGGCACGGCGGCCAUCGUUGAAGAGCUUCUCAGGGGCUGUGGAGCGCAGCUGCAGCUAGCAAAUAACUUCCCGGAGAUCAUCCAAGACCUGCUGAUGACCGAUGACUUCAGCUGGGUGCACUGGCCCUCGAACCGGCAACUGGUCGGGUGUUUACUUUCUGUGCACGACCAGUCAUAUUUCGGCGCGCUGUACGAGGGUGCGUUGAUGGCCGCACUUCGUGACACCAGUGAGUCUCCGACUUCGAUGGUGCGGGUGCUUUUGCCACAGAAUGCGCCCCAAGAAGCGCUUUCACUCGCAAAGGCGAAUUCCCAGCUACAGGAGCUUGUCAUGAGCAGCCUAAGCGCCUCCGCAGAUGAAGCAGAGAGAUUUCUGUUUACUGAGCUAUACGCAAUUGGCGCAGUGAGCGACGAAACGGCGAAUGAAGGCGUAUCACAAUUGAUCAGCAACCUCGUGAAUAACAACAACCCUGAAAACUUGCGCUCGAGUCUUGAUCUCCUUGCCGCAAUAGACGACCGACUACUACAGAGUAUAGUCACCAAGCCUCAAGGACAGGAGCUUUUACCGAACCUUAUUCGCAUAGAAGAGGUUGAGACAGCUGAAGAUGUGGUGGAGAAAGCAGCGGCAUUGAUUUCACGGUUAUCGACAGCCGCGAAUGGUCACGUCGGCUUCGAGACCAAACUCGAUGUCGUACGACAGGGGCUUCAGCGUGCAUCGCUCAAAUCCCUGUCGGUCGACAGUCUUCGGGAUCUGACGCAGAGGUUGCUUGGUGCCGAUGGGAAAGUUGCUGAAGUGCACACUGUCUUGCCGGACGUUGCUAGUUGGAGGGCUACAGUGAUGGCCACGGUAAGAGCUCCGAAGCCAUCGCUCGCGGUUUUGAGUUCUCUGGGAGGCUGCGUGCACCUUGUGCAAGAUCUCAACGCUGCCAACGACUUUGUCGUGCAGACAGACAGUGAAGGCUUCUCACAGGCGCUAAGAGUGGCGAUGUACUUGGUAAGGUGUUGCAAGGUAACUGACGAUCCUACUACCGCCGCUCUGCUCUAUAUGACCGUACUCUUGGCUGAAGACAACCUAAGCAUUCCAGGAACCAACGCUCUCUGGGAUUCAACCCUCGCUGAAGAUGUAGCGAUCGUUGACUUUGUCACGGAAGGUAACAGCUACCUUGGCUGGUACUGGGAAGCCACUGGACUAUCCGACGAGACGAAAGCAGACUUCCUUUCAGCUCUUGUGGGAAUGCAGGAAGGCUACAGCUCAUACUCUGCGAUGGCUUAUUAUGUGUCGCUCGCACAAGCUAGAGUCAACGCCAACUACUUCGGAACGCACCAUAAUGCCGAGCAAGUGAAGCAUAGCGAAGCUGAGUUAACCCGGCAACGAUCCGAAGGAAAUACUCUAGCCACCACAGCUUGUAUUGUUGGCUUGCAGCAACCAUUGGCUGGCACACAGACACUGACACGGCUGCUGAACGCACUUGUGGCUGGUCUGACAGAUGCAGAGCUCCAAGCAUCAUCGCUCGAGCAAUUCAUCCUUCUCAACAGCAUUCUCUCCGCCCACGAUGACGCUGUGUCGUCCAUUGCGAAGCAGCGACUGGUCUUCUUGGUCAAGCAUCUGGUUGUGUCAGUGCAGAAUGCCGUGGACCCAGUGAUUAGUAGCGAGACUUGCAAGGCCUUGACACUUCUACUACCUGGUAUGCAAGACAUGUACGGUGAACACUGGGCACAAUGUGUAUCAUACAUCAUCAAGACGUGGGCCACUAUGAAGCCGGAGCAUGAGCCGACGGAUGGGUGGACACUGGUAAUGAACAGUACGUUGCGAUUGCACAGUGUGCUACGGAAGCUUUCGAAACAUGAGGACCCCAAUGAUGAUCUUCUAGACGCACUGAAAGAUCACGAGCGAGACCUUUCUACAGGCCUUGUCGGUUUACUUUUGACCCGCAGUGGCGUUUCGGACGGUUCAAACCAGCCGCUCCUAGUCACCCACGAGCUUCUUGCACGGCAGGUUACCCAGGUGUUACGCGGCAAGACGUUAAAAGACGCAUCGAUGCUAUACCCGUUGUUGUACACGCCAUCUCGCUCAGUCCAGCACGCGACGUUCGAGCUACUGCAUCAGCAUAUCCCGGUGGCGCAGGAGCAGAUCUCGUUUGAUGCUGCCUUGGAGAACAAGACACCGCAUCUGCCAGACGAGCUUCUUUCUUUAAUCCUGGAGUCGCCUACCCUUGAAUCUCUCAUCGAUGCCUCCUUUGAUGGCGGAAUGCCGGUGCAGCUUGCAGGGUAUCUGUACAGCUGGCGGCUGAUUUUCGACCACUUCGAAGGCUCUAGCUAUCGAGUCAAGUCCGACUAUACGGAGCAGCUCAAAGACGGCACGUAUCUGCCUGACUUGCUUCGCUUCACAUUUGAUUUUAUUGGCCACACGCGUGGCAAGCCCGUUGAGAUAUCGAGGUUUGACGUCCGCGCUUAUACGCCUGAUGAAGAACCGAACCCCGAGCGCGACGUACAAUGGUUGCUCAGCCACCUCUACUACCUUGCACUUACGAAUGUGCCCGGCCUUGUCAGAAGUUACUAUCUUGAUCUCCGCUCGCGCCAGACUUCUCAAGCUGUGGAAAGCUGGACCGCUAAGCACGUCAGCCCGUUGAUUAUUGAGAGCUCGCUGCGAGCCGUGGCUGAGUGGGCGGAGAAGAGCGUCAAAGAAGAUCCUGAGUACGAGAAGAUGAGUGUCAAGGUCGGCAUGAGAAGUAAGGAGAUCAAUGUCAGUUAUGUUGUUGAUGAGCAGACAAUGGCCAUCAAGGUUGUCCUCCCGGACGCGUAUCCACUGGCCGCUGCCAGAGUGGAAGGCGUCAGUCGAGUGGCGGUCAAGGAGGAGAAGUGGCAGUCUUGGUUGCGGAACUGCCAAGGUGUCAUCACGUUUUCAAACGGCUCGAUCAUCGACGGGCUCUCGGCAUGGCGGAAGAACGUCGUUGGGGCACUCCAGAAUCAAACGGAAUGCGCUAUCUGCUACUCCUUGGUUAGUGCCGACAAGCAGCUGCCGACCAAGCGCUGUAUGACCUGCAAGAAUGCUUUCCACGCAAGCUGCUUGAUCAGGUGGUUCAAGACGAGCAAUGCCAGCACCUGUCCGCUAUGCCGCUCAUCCUUUCAGUUUUCGUAGAUUGAAGUCCACAUUCGGCGUGAGAAGCAGACGAUCUUGGCAUGUUG